AUUAUAAAUGUUUUGCCAAUUCAUUCAUUGCAUUAAAACAAUUGAUUGAUUGAUUUGAAAGACAACAACAACUACUAUCACCUGAAAAACUGAUCCAUUGAUUAUUAGUUUUACUAUCUUCUAGUUGUUGUUGUUGUCCACCACUGGUUUGGACACUACCGAUCUCACUGACCAACUGUGACCGAACCGUCGGUCGUCUUGUCCGUCGACCAGAGAUUUAGGAGUUGUCCGACUCUUUACCGCCGCCGCCGUUGCCGUCGCCGCCACUGUUGUUGUUGUUGUUGUUGAUGAGAAUGUCUGCCGCAAGAAAUUCAAGACUAUUUAUCGGUUCAUUAGUUUUACGGUUUAAUUCUGACCGCGAAUUAUUUUGGCCGCCAUUUCAGUCUUAGAGAGAGAGAGAGAGACAGACAGACAGACAGACAGAGAAAGAGAGAGAUAUUUACCACAAGAAGAGAAUAAAUUGGUAUUUGUUUACCACUAUUGACGAAGAAGAAGAAGAAGAAGAAAUUGAAGAUAUAUUACCACUUAUUUUUGAUAAUAAACUAUAGGAUUGAAACCAAUUGAUUGAUUGAUUGAUUGAUUUAAACCAUUUCAUCGACGACAACGACGACGACGACUAUCACUACUACUACUACUACUUAUUCAAGUCUUAAUCGAUAAGAAGUAGAAGAAAUGGAGCGAAACAACAAUUAUGGCAAACCGUCGGUUGUCGGCCGCAGCGGAGGCUAUCGACAGCCGCCGCCGCCGCCGCACGAAAUGAACGACAAUUACAACUACUAUGAAGACGAUGACGACGACGACAAUGAUGACAAAGAUAGACAAUCAUCGGAUGACAACAACCAUCAGCUGAUGGAUGUUUUGGACAACUUUCGCGAGAAUUGGCGUAAAGAGUUGUUGUUUUCGCCGACAACACAGACAUCGGCCACCAAUCGGCGAUUCAACGAUACAAUUGAUAAUAGUAGUGAUGAUAUGUCGAUCACUGAUGUCGACCUGAAAGCCAUGGAACUAUUCAAAGAGGGCUCACUAUUGGAACAAAGAGGCAAACUGUACGACGCUGUGGCCUACUAUCGACGGGCCACCCAAUUGGUACCCGAUAUUGAAUUCAAAAUGUAUCGAUUGGAGGCACAGAUGAUGAAAAAAGCUUCGGCCGAUGAUAGCAAUACCGAUAACAACUCCGUAGACGACGACAACAACACCAAUCGUUCGGAUAUUGAUGGCCAGCGAGGAGUUGCGGACAACGACAGCGACGAGUUUGAUCCCAACGACGAUCUGAUUACACGAUUUUUGCGUUCAAAUACCGACGAAUUCGGUAACUUUUGGCUUUGUUCGCCGAAACAGUUGACGACCAAUACUACUACUACUACUACUACUACUAUGUCUUCGUCAUCGACAUCGACAUCAAGAGCACACUUUUCUUGUCUACCCAUCGAAGUGGUCCUCAAUAUACUAAAAUGGAUCGUGUCCAACGAACUAGACUUGCGAUCACUGGAACAGUUCGGUUCAGUUUGUCGUGGAUUUUAUAUCGUAUCACGUGACAGCGAAUUGUGGCGACUAUCCUGUCAUAACACUUGGGGCAGCAAUUCAAGCGUAUCGACGGGCGGUACCGCUGCCUCGGCCGCAUCCGCCUAUGGCCACAAUUGGCGCCGUAUGUUUAUCGAUAGGCAGCGGCCUAAUUUCAAUGGCGCCUACAUAAGCCGUACACAAUAUAUAAGACAGGGCGACAUAUCGUUCAACGAUUACUAUCGGCCCUGUAUUCUAGUCGAAUACUACCGGUAUAUCAGGUUUUUUCCAAAUGGACAUGUGCUUAUGUUGACCACUGCCGACGAUCCCCGCCAGAGUCUACCGUUGCUUAGACAGCGUCAGCCGAAAAACAACAACAACGUACUCAGUGGUCACUAUCGUAUCAAUGGACCGACAAUUGCUAUAGUCCUGCAUCGGGAGUACGUAGCCGAUGACUAUACACAACUGUCCGCCCGUAAUACUAAUAAAUACGGCAAGAAAACCCGCGAUCGCCAAUUGGCCACCCAAACGUUUAACAUUACACUAGAGUUGCGCAAUGUUCGCCAUCGUCGUAAUCAUCAAUUGGUUUGGCAACAGUAUUCGGUCAGUUAUCGCAAACCCAACAACGGUGGCGGUGGCGGCCAAGAAUCGGGUGCCAAUGAUUUCGAUCUGACCGGCAAUAAGUUUCCGCCGUUUUGGUUCUCCCGAGUCAAGAGCUAUGCGGCCAAUGCUGACCAUAAGCUUAACUAAUACUUGCUGUAAAAAUAAGUGGUAUUUUUUGUCGUUUGAUAUGUGUGUUGAGUGAGAGAGAGAGCACAGGUAGGGAGGGGACAGUUGUUUGUUUCAUCAUAUAGUGAUUGUUUGUUACGGUAAUUGAAAUUUUUUGAAUUUAAUUUAAUUGAUUGAAUAAUAUGGAUAUCAGAGUCAUAUUACUAUUAGAUAUUAUUAUUAUUAUUAUUAUCCAUA